GAAAUUUCGCAAGCAAAAACGUGCGAUCGAGCAUUAGUAUAAAAGACUGGCGAUCAGUUGGCUCGUUCAGUAACAAACCAGCCACACUCUCAAAAUGCUGAAGCUGUUAGUUCUCGUCUUUGCUGUCCAGUUGAUGCUUUCUGCGCCAACCAGUGGCCAGACUGAUUCAUCGACUGAGUCAACCACUGAUGUGGUGACGGAUUCGAGCACUGAUGUGAUGACUGAUCCGCCGAGUUCUGAAGCUACCUCGACCACGAGUGGGCCUACGGUGAAGCCCGGAAAAACAACUAAAACGAAGGCACCUAAGACAACCAAAGCGCCUAAAACAACCAAAACCAAAGCCCCGAAGACCACCAAAGCUCCAAAGACGACCAAAACCAAGGCACCUAAGUCAACCAAAGCACCUAAAGGUUGAAUCCUUGAUUUUGUAUUUCGACUGUGAGAUUUUAAAUGACUAUGGAAAAUGCAUAAAUAAUUUUAAUAUUUUACAAGAUUCGUAAAAAAUCAGUUAAUGAAAAAAAAGUUUAAAAAAAUUAAUAAAAUUCUCAUUUCAAGCGCAAAUAA